GAAGGCUCGUAGAAUUCGUACUAUAUACAUUAAUUCUGAUGAUUUCUUGUUCGUUCAGUUCACACCCUGCUCUGUUAUAUCAUACCGUAUUGUCCACGGUAGGCACUGUAUGAGCUGCGAGAGUAGACCAUAUUGAUAUGGAGGAAUGCACCUGUGGCAUUGGCAAAGGUAUCGAGCCCUUCCAGUUUCCCUGCAUAUCCCAAUUUUCUUGACAUCUGUGACUCUUUCUAGGAGACUCCAGGAGACUUUUCUGUCAGAUGUUGCUCAUUAUUAUCUGGAAUUCCGUCUUCCUUGGCGAAUAAAAGGCGACUUCCUUCCACCAGACCACAAGUGUCAAGACACCGACCGGCGUAUGCAUCUUGUAUGAAAUACCUCAUUGGAAACUCACCAUAGUUGCGACCAUAUCCUUUCUUAGCUCAAUAAUAACCGUUUUCAAUCCUACCUUAAACGAGAAUUCGAAUCCUUAUACACUGUGGAAGCACAAUGGGCCAAUCACAUUUCAUCCAACCGUCGAGAUAGUCUUACAUAAGCCAGUUGGCGGGACGCACGUCACUGUUCGCGAUGCGAUAAGAUCAGAAAAGAAUUUCAUGAGAAUCGCGUCAGAUAAAUAUUGCCUGCAG